UCACAUCUGACUGUGUUCAUUCUGGAUCUCCUCUGCGGGAAUGUGCAACGCAGAGUUACAUUUUAUCAUCCAUCCUGCAUCUCACCUGCAUGGACUCUGUCAGGCUGCUGAAUGGUUCCAGUCUGUGUUCAGGCAGACUGGAGGUGAAGUCUAACCAGAGAUGGUCCUCAGUGUGUGAAGCUGACUUUGACCGGCAGGAUGCAGAGGUGUUCUGUAGGGAGCUCGGCUGUGGGCCUCCUUUGGUCCUCCAGGGGGCGCUCUAUGGAGAAGUGGAGGCUCCAGUGUGGAGCAAAGAGUUCCAGUGUGGAGGCCAUGAGUCUGCUCUCCUGGACUGUAGAAGCUCAGGCUCAGCUCGAAACAGCUGCUCACCUGGCAAAGCUGUUGGACUCACCUGCUCAGAACCUUUUAGGUUGGAGGGAGGAGCCCAUCGCUGUGCAGGUACACUGAACGUGAAAAAUCUUGGAUAUUGGAGACCAGUUUGUUACAAUGACUGGAACCUGAAGGCAGCAGCUAUUUUGUGUGAACAUCUGGACUGUGGCUCUGCUGUUUCUGUGAAGCUCCAUAAGUCAUCAGUGAAAUCUGUCUGGAGGAUCAAACCUGACUGCUUUACAACUGGAUCUGCUCUGUGGGAAUGUGCAACAUCAGAUUAUUCAUGGCACAUCCUGAAUCUUACCUGUUCAGACUCUGUUAGGCUGCUGAAUGGUUCCAGUCUGUGUUCAGGCAGACUGGAGGUGAAGUCUAACCAGAGCUGGUCCUCAGUGUGUGAAGCUGACUUUGACCAGCAGGAUGCAGAGGUGGUCUGUAGGGAGCUCGGCUGUGGGCCUCCUUCGGUCCUCCAGGGGGCACUCUAUGGAGAAGUGGAGGCUCCAGUGUGGAGCAAAGAGUUCCAGUGCGGAGGCCAUGAGUCUGCUCUCCUGGACUGUAGAAGCUCAGGCUCAGCUAGAAACAGCUGCUCACCUGGCAAAGCUGUUGGACUCACCUGCUCAGAGCCCGAUGAUGUCAGAUUGGUGGGAGGAGCCAGUCGCUGUGAAGGAACUUUAGAAGUGAAAAAUCUUGGAGAGUGGAGAUCAGUGCAUGAUUCUCACUGGACCCUGAGAGAUGCAGUUGUUCUCUGUGAACAUCUGGAUUGCGGCUUUCCUGUUUCACUACAGCGGAGUCAAGAGUCCUCAAUGAAAUCUGUGUGGAGGAUCAAACCUGACUGUGUUCAGUCUGGAACUCCUCUGGGAGAGUGUGCCACAUCAGAUUAUGAUAUCUCCAUCCUGAAUCUUGCCUGCUCACACUCUGUCAGGCUGCUGAAUGGUUCCAGUCUGUGUUCAGGCAGACUGGAGGUGAAGUCUAACCAGAGCUGGUCCUCAGUGUGUGAAGCUGACUUUGACCAGCAGGAUGCAGAGGUGGUCUGUAGGGAGCUCGGCUGUGGGCCUCCUUCGGUCCUCCAGGGGGCGCUCUAUGGAGAAGUGGAGGCUCCAGUGUGGAGCAAAGAGUUCCAGUGUGGAGGCCAUGAGUCUGCUCUCCUGGACUGUAGAAGCUCAGGCUCAGCUAGAAACAGCUGCUCACCUGGCAAAGCUGUUGGACUCACCUGCUCAGAACCUUUUAGGUUGGAGGGAGGAGCCAGUCGCUGUGCAGGAACAGUGGAAGUGAAAUAUCUUGGAGAGUGGAGACGAGUGGGUUUCUUUGGCUGGUCCUUGAAGGAAGCUGCUUUUGCCUGUGAACAUCUGAACUGUGGCCUUCCAAUUUUUGUAGGGAAGCAAACCCACAAAAUCUUAGACAGAAGUGUGUUGUAUGUGAAACCUGACUGUGUUCAGCCUGGAUCUGCUAUGAGGGAUUGUGUGACAUCAGCUUAUACGAUCUACAACCUCGAUCUCACCUGCUCAGACCUGCUGGCUCAGCCAAUCAUCUCGGUGUCCUCCACUGACGGGGUCUCCAUGGCCCCACAGCAGGGGCUUCAGGUAUACAGGGGCUCUAACUUCACCAUCAGCUGCUCUAUCCAGCCACAGUACCCAGGGGGCUCGUUCCAGCUCACCUUUACCUCCUCCAGCACAGCAUACAGCUACAGCCAGCCAGCUGUCAAUCACUCUGCCCAUUUCCUGGUCCCUGCUGCAGAGCCCGCGCAUCAAGGAAACUACAGCUGUGUUUAUCACGUCUACAUUUCUUCUCGUGAUUUCUCCUCUGAGAGCCGCCUGCUGCCUGUCACUGUGUCAGCUCCAACAGAUUUCACAGUUCUUAUCACGAUGCUCGUCCUGCCGCUGACUCUGCUGCUGGUGAUCACUGCCCUUUAUUUCUACUGUCAGGCCAGCAGGGGGCAGAAAUCCAGCAGACGGGAGAACACUGAGCUGCUUGAGUGUAAUCAGGGUGUUUGUGAGGCUGAAGGAACGCCAGCUGCAAAUAAAGGAGCUCAGGAGGACCUCCAAGAAGCUCAUCCUUCAUCCACAUAAAUUUAUCGGCUGAUGUGACUGACCAUCAGCUAAAGACACACACUCCAUACAUCAAUUCAUUCUCUGCUGCUUGUCUGGAGGCUGGGUUACAGUGGCAGCAACUUAAGCAGAGAAGCCCAGACUUCCCUCUCUCCAGCCACAUCCUCCAGUUUAUCCAGGGGAAUACCAAAGCGUUUCUAGGCCAGCUGAGAGACAGCUGAGAUAAUCUCUCCAGCAUGUGCUCUGUGUACCUCGGGAACUCGAGGGUACACACAUGCCCAGAACACCUGGUGGUUCAGGCAGCCCGGUCAGAUGCUGAACUACCUCAACUGCCUGCUUUCGAUGUUGAGGAGUACCAGCUGUACUUUCACAAACAUCCUCCUAAAUAACUGAACUUCUCAUCUUAUCUGUAAAGGAUAGGUCAGUCCCCAUUCUUUCAGUCUACCCACAAUUUGUAACUAUAGCUGAGGUUCGUAACAGAGAUCAACCAGUAAAUCAACAGUUUCGCUUUUGCACUCAGCUCUCUUUUUACCACAACAAGCCAAUACAGCAUCCUAAUAACUGCAAUUUGCCCCAAGCUUUCUGUCAUCUCCCCUCACUCAUAAACCUGAUGUCCUUAAACUCCUACACCUGUGGCAGCAACUCAUCCCUGACCCAGAGUGAGUUCUCCACCCUUUCAUGGCAAAGGACCAUGGCCUCCGACUUGGAGAUGCUAAUUCUCAUUCCUGCCACUCUACACUCAGCUCCUCCAGUGUGAGCUGGAGGCCACCAAAGAUGAAAUCCUAAUGCCAGUUCCACCGCUUGGGUCCACCUAGAAAUUGUGUCCAUAAAAAUUAUGAACAGAAUCAGUGACAAAGAGCAGCCCUGGUGAAGUUUAAAACCCUCUGAGUUUAUUGAUUCUCACCUCAGUUGCAAAGCUAAAUAACCCAAUUCUCCAGAAGCACUUCCAACAAGAUGCCUGUUGAAUAUCCUUAAGGAAAUACAUUUCCAGCAUUCCACGUCCAGGAUAAAAACUGCAAUGCUCCUCCUGAAUCUGAUGUUAGACUAACGAAUGAGCUGUUCUAUCCAGUACCCUGGCAGUGACUUUCCCAGGAAGACUGAGCAGUGUGAUCCCCCCCAUUACUGGAGUACAUCCUCCAGUCCCCUUAAAGAUUAGAACCACCAUCCCAUACUACCAAUACAGAGGCCCCACCCCAGAUCUCCACCCCACCCAACUAUAUCCUCAGUUAAAUUCAACCACACCCCACCUACUCUAUACAUUGUGUAGUGCACGACUUUCCCCUUCUGAGUCAGCUGACAGUUUGCUGGAAUUGCUUAGAGACUGAUUGAAAGUCUGGUUCCAUGAACUCGCCAAACUCUUCCCACACCUGAGUUCUGCUUGGUCUGGGGGUACCCAUCAACUGACUCUGGAUUCCCACAGGCUAAACAAGCCUAAUAAGACUCCUCCUUCAGUUUAAUGGUUUCCUUCACCUCCAGUGUCCACUAUCUGAUUUGGGGAUUACCACCAUAACAAGCAACAAUCACUGUGCUGCCACAGCUCUGUGCAGCCGCACAGAGUUCUAAUGGAGGUGGGAAUUGAAGAUCUUGCAGACUGUGUACUGUGGAUGAGUGGAUGCUAACUAUACGUUUGGGCAUGCAGGUUUGCAGUAACAGGGAGUGCAACAGUUUAGAGAUACAAAUAAGCUUUUCAGCAACUGACAUAGUUUCUGUUUUAAUUAUGAGGCCCUAAAGAGGUCAGUGGAUUUUAUAACAAGGUAGUAAAACAUGCAGUUUACAUUAAAUCAUGUCAGUAAAGUAUAUUUUGAUGUGAUUCUGUGAGUUCCAUUUCUGAUAUAAGAUGUCUGUGAGCCUCACUUAUAAUUAAAUGUUACUCCUUUUGCACACUUACAAAUACUUGUUGUACUUUAAGCUGACUUCAGUCAAUGAUAAAUAUAUUUUGUACACUGCUCUGCUUUUAAUAAUCCUACCUGAACUAUUAAUUCUAAACAUUUUAACAGUAGUGAGGGAAUAAACAAAACAUACUUCAUUAACUACUCAUCUGCCUUUCUCAGUACUACACAAAUAAAAAACUGGACUUCUAGUCAAUAAAUAAGCCAACACAGCACAAUGUAUAAAUAAAAACACAAUUACAGUGAGUUAAAAGGAGUGAGCAGAAGUAAAAUUAUUAAACAGUCAGGAUCUAAAAUCAGAGCCCUAAAAGCCAAUAAAAGAAUUCUAGAUGAAAAAUUGAGAGGUGGAGAAAAACAAAAAGGAGAAAGAGGCUGAAGUAGAAGUUGAAGACAUUGUAGAGCAGAGCAGUGGGCUCAGGGUGUGGUGCCAGGGGAGGCUGACCAGAACAGCUGAUCUCCAUCAUCUAAUCAUGCCUCACUUGUAUGAAUAGGAUGCUGGGAUCUGACCGGGAGAUCUGUGUUGAGCAGCAGAAGGCAGCAGAAAAGCAAUGCAGAACAAACAUAAAGAUCAGAGCGCUGUAUGUAUCACCCCUUUAUGUGUUACAAAAUAAGCUGAAGAAGACAAAGACACAGAAGCUGGAGCUGAGGAAGAAAUCUUUGUGUUCUGUUCUGAUUUUGUUUUUAUAUGUUCAGGAUACUCACAUUACUGAUUAGUGAUAUUAGUGCUUUAUUAAUGUACUACCAUUAGUAUGUUUGUUAGUCUUGUAUUUUAGGUUAUUAGUGUCGCCUUGUAACUUGUUGUGUUUAGAGCCUCCUCUUUGUCUUUCGCUACGUCCACACGUAGAUGGGUAUUUUUGAAAACUGAGAUUUUCUGUUUUUGUUAAAAAAUAAAAAAAUCCUGUCCACACGUGCAGUUUUGGAAAAAUAUCUCCGUCCACAUGUAAAUGCAAAGAAACAAAGUCAAGCACU